AUGCCAUCGACGGCGAGCUCUCCCCAGAAAACCCUCGCCAUUUUUGGCGCAACCGGCGGUACAGGCAGCGAGACACUCAAGUGCCUCCUAAAGAACCCGUCAUCCCCCUUCCACUUAAAAAUUUAUGUCCGCUCGAAGCCCAAACUUCUCUCUUUGUUCCCCUCUCUCAAAACUAACGAGUACGUUGAAAUCAUCGAAGGGCAAGUCACCGAUACAUCAAAUGUGAAAGAUUGCCUCGAGGGUGCGGAUACAAUCAUUUGCGCCCUCGGCGAGAACGACAACAGGCCGGGCGUCAGGGUUCUCACAGAUGCCUCGCGCACCAUUGUAAACGCCCUAAAACAACUCAAAGACAACUCUACCGCUUCGAUAUGGCAGAAACCACGCCUCAUAUUGCUAUCGUCAGCGACCUGGAAUAAGCGUCACGAAGGACAACAACCUGCGCUAGUGAGCUGGCUAAUAAAGAAUGCCUUCUAUUAUCCGUAUGCCGACUUGCUGAACGCCCAUGCGACAUUUAACGAGGCAGAAGAGGAGGGAUUAAUGUCAUUAUUGCUGGUGCAGCCCCCGGCCAUUAUUGAUGAGGGGCCAAGCGGGUACAAAAUUGGGGUUGAGGGAAUCCAGCUGGCAGUCUCAUAUCCAGACCUAGGUGCGGCAUUUGCGGAGCUGGCAACAGAUGAAAGGUACAAGGAGCUAGAUGCUGUGGGAGUGUGGUCGGAGAAUUCGAGGGAGGGAUUCCGCAGAUAUGGGCCAGAGAUUUUGACUCGGCUCGUCAAGGGAUUGUUGGCAAGUUACGUUCCUGGGUUCUGGCGUGUUAACGGAUGGAUGAGUAAAGUAUUUGGCUAA